AUUUCAUGCCCAUCAUUCAUGAUGAAUAUGCAAGAUUCAAUUCAAAGCGACGCUUCACUUUUUGAUAAGCCAAUAUCCAUUAUUUUAUUUCAUUUAUCAAUGAGUCAUUAUAUUCCAUUGUUUGAACAAGCAGGAAUUGAUCUUGGACGGUAUUUAUUAAUGAAGGACCCCAAAGAUUUUAUAAGCAUUGGUAUUCGCGAUCCUGGUGAUCUUGACAUACUCAUUACUUGCUCAAAGGCUCUGGCAGCACAUAUAGUCCAUAAAAGGAUGACAUCUGAGGAAACAAUAGUUGAAGAAGAAGAAGAGGAUCUUCAUAGUUGUAAAUCGAGCCACACUAUGAAUACAAAUAGUGGUGGUACGGAUGACAUAUACAUUACUUCAUGUCGACCAUCAAUCGUUAAAAGGGCUAUUGAUGCAUACAACCAUAGUAGCUCAUCUACUAUCAUACCCACCGUUCAGUCCAAUACAUCAUCAGGCGCCAUGAUCGGAACUGUUAGAUACCGACAACAGAGUACAAAUAAACAAAAUACCAGCAGACCACUUUCGAUGCCAGUCCUUCUGCCUUCACAUACGCCUCCUCCUGAUUAUUACUUUGAUAUGACAUUCAGUAAGAGAUUAGAGAGAUGCAAGUCCAUGAUAUUCCCUAGAGAGGAAGAAGGCAAAGAGGAGCUACCACCAUAUACUUGUACAGUCUAUAAAAUGGGUUAUGUCCAUAUCAAAAAAGAGUUUGAUGCUCCGGAUGUACGAACAAAGUGGAGGGUGUGGAGAAAGCUCUAUGUGGAACUAUGGGGCACUGUACUACGAGUUUAUCGUACUGCACCGCCUAAAGAUAAAGUAGAUUAUUACUAUACAUUUGGACCACUUAAAGCUCCAUAUUACUAUUAUCACAAAUACUACUAUACGCCUAUCUUGACACUCUCCCUUGCUGGUGCUGAAGCAUCAAGAGCCCUGGACUAUUUAAAAAGACCCAAUGUACUCCGACUGACAACUCAAGAGGGACCUCAACUAUUAUUAAGAUUAUCUUCACAUGUAGAAAUGAUAUCAUGGGUGGAACAUCUUCAAGCGGCUAUCAAUAUAUCACUUGAUCUUGAGGAUCGUCCUAUGCCCAAGUUUAUCACUUUACCCAUUCGUAGCUUGACUUCAGGCACUUUGGACUCUAGGACAAUUGAAUUGGAAAGAGCGAGGGAACAAAGGAGGAGAGAACAAAGAGAGAUACUUAUCUGAUUUACUAUUAUUAUUAUUGUUAUAUAUAUUUGUAUAAAAUAAACACGUGUGUGUAUAUGUGUAUGUAUUCCAUAUUAAAAAUCGCAAAUCUAUUAUAAGUUAUAGGCAUUUUUUUUAUCAUUAUGUUAUAGGAAUGUAGCUUCUAGUCUAUGUCAUUGUAUACAUUGACCUACAGAAAAAACACUAUUCUUUUAAUGUGAUGCGCCAGAAGAACUCAUAUGAGCUUAUUUUCUACUUCUCUGUAUACACACACAUGAUACUUUUUGAAAAGAUCUCAGUCACACGACUUUAAAUCGUACUUUACCUGUUUUGUCACAAAUAGACAUGUUGUGACAGGUUCACUAUCUCACAUUUACACCAGGUCUCAGUAGAUCAUUAUUUACUC